GUACACACCGCUGUACACACCAUCCUAAUGAGCCUGGGCUCCUUGUGCUUCGUCGGGCUGCAAGCAAAAAGCCUGAACUGUAAUAAGAGUUGACAUGACGCCGGCUCCGCCCCCUGGAGGAAGUAGAGCAGUCCUCCUACAACCACACAGUUAUUAGGAUGGACCAUGGAGACAGAGGGAUGAGGGUGUCUGACCUUCGCUAUGAGGAAGAGGAUGACCAUCAAUCCGUCUACAUCGGCGUCCCCGUAUCGCGUGGGUUACGCCGCAAACGGAGGCGACGGCGUUCGAGUCGAGAGGCUCAGGAAAUGGAGAGGGACAGACACUACGGCCACAACAGACAACACGACCAUGACCGCUACAGAGACAUAGACAUUGAGGAAGGACUUAUGGACUCAGCUGAGCAGAGUCUCCAAGACAUCAACCGCACAAUGUCUCCAGCAGCAGAGCGACUACGCUACAUCCUGAAUGAAGACGACGACAUGCCCACACCAACGCUCUUCACAGAGAUGGAUACUUUGCAGCGAGAAGGAGACGAGCUGGAGUGGAAGGAGUCGGCCAGGUGGGUGAAGUUUGAGGAAAAGGUGGAAGAGGGAGGCGAGAGAUGGAGUAAACCCCACGUGUCCACGCUGUCCCUGCACAGUCUUUUUGAGCUCAGGACUUGUCUCCAAACAGGGACGGUGCUGCUGGACCUGGAUGGCUACUCGUUGCCUCAGAUAAUUGAUGACAUAAUUGAGAGACAGAUAGAAGAGGGCAUGUUAUCGCCUGAGCUCAGGGAGAAGAUCAGCUUUGUGCUCUUGAGGAAACACCGACAUCAGACCAAGAAGCCGAUUCACCGCUCACUGGCCGACAUGGGCAAGUCCGGCUCCUCUGCAAGUCGGAGCGUACCGCCCCGAGGUGGAAUGGGUCCGGCUCCAGGUCAGGGUCAAGGGCCGAACUUUAACCGAUCCACAGAGGAUCUACGAGUUAAGCAGCAAGCUGCUAACUACGGACGCCUACGUCAUGAUCAGAGCAGAAGUAUGAAUGACAUUGCCGACACUCCCAGCACAGACCAGUUGUUGUAA